GGUAAAACGGAGCAGUACAGGUGUGUGUGUGUGGCAGACUGCUGCAGAUGUUGGCUAAAAAACAGAGCAGCUGCUAGCUCUCUGACAUUUGUUGAGUUUCUACCUGGACACGACAUUCCUCACAUCCUGAACCACAAAACAGCGCUCUAAAGGCGGAUAUUUUUUUUUACAGCAACAAGAGCUGGGAAAUCGGACAAAAUGUUCAGGAAGAAGACCUCGAAGUCCAGCGUGUUGUCCCCAACCACGUCCACUAAAAAGGACCUGACCAGUCUGAUUGAGAAGCUGCAGAGGAACGCUGACAAGGUGGAGAAGAACAUCUUGGAGACGGAACAGAAUCUCAACAAGGAUGUGGUCAAGAUCAACGAGGGCAAGCCGCCGCUGUACCAAGACUCCACCAACAAGGCGAUCGAGAGCUCGCUGUUAACACUAAACGGUCUGGAUGAGGACGCAGCCGAAGCCAAGCGCCUGCAGCACCCGCAGGCCGAGAUGAUCGAGCACGAUAUGAGGCAGCUGCGUGAGCGUGUGAAGAAGCUGCGCAACGACCACAACCACAUUUACCACCUGACACGAUCCGAAGGGGUUCCCAGCGUCAACUGGGGCAAGAUCAUCGAUGAGAAAAUGGCAACUCUGAACAACAAAGGAUUUGGACAGGAUCUGCCCACCAUUGAGAAUGAAGUGGAAGAGCACAAUAUCUUUCACAGUGAAGUGGAGGCCCUGGCUCCUUACAUCGGUCAGGGAGACAAGGAUUAUGAUGGCCUGCAGAUGAAAUACAACAAACUCCUGGCUAGGUCCACAGCUCGUCAGAAGGACCUGCUCAGUCUGAGGGACUACAUGCAGCGCUGCACCAACGAGCUCUACUGGCUGGACCAGCAGGCUGAUGAACGCAUCUCAUACGACUGGAGCGAUGCCAACCUCGACUACCCGGCUCGCAAGAGGCAGUACGAGAACUUCAUCAGCAAGUGUCUGGAAUCCAAGGAAGGAACCAUCACUAAGCUGAGCGACGAAGGGGAAAAACUCAUCACCCAGGGACACCCAGGAAAGAACGUCAUCGAGGCGCAUAUGGAUGCCGUCCACGCGGACUGGAAGGAAUAUCUCAACCUGCUGAUCUGCGAAGAGAAUCACCUGAAGAACAUGGAUGAGUACCACAAGUUCCAGAAGGAAGCCAGAGACACUCAGGACCUGCUGAAGCGCCUGGAUACUGAAAUCAACCAGAAGUACAACCCUGACUUUAAAGACCAGUACCAGUUGGAAGGCUUGCUCACAGACCUGAACGACCAGUCGAGAGCCAUGGAUUCCUUCGACGAUCGAGUGAAAGCUCUCCAAAACCGCAGCCUUCAGGUUCUGCCCUUGAAGUACCGCAGGACUGCUUCACAAAAGCUUCUUCCCAUCGAGGCUCUGUGCGACUUCGACACAGAGGGGGGUCAGAUUCACCGAGGAGAGCGCUACACCCUGCUCAGGAACAACGGACAGAAAUGGGACGUGAAAGACUCGACCGGUUGCACCAUGGCAGCCCCCGGCGUCUGCUUCAUCAUCCCACCUACUGACCCGGACUCUGUCGCCAUUGCCGACAAUUUGGUGAGUCAGCAGAAGGCCAACAAACAGAAGUUGGCAAGCAGCAAAACAGCGCUGCAGUCCCGACAGGCCGGCCUGAAGAAGGACAGCACGGGUGGACAAGAUAAGCAGGAGCUGCAGUGCCGCCAGCUGAUGGCCGGACUGGAUAAAGUGGUGAACGACCUCGAUAAGCAGGAGAAGGGCAUUUAUUCCCAAGUGCGCCCCCCUCUGGAGCAGAACCGUCCUGUACAGGACAGCGCCGACAGGCUGCAGAACAUGAGGGACAUCGCCUCCGCCGUCCGUAGGAUUGAACCGGAGAAGACCACCAAAGUGCGUGAGGCUGAGACUUUCCUCAAAUCCAACCCCAAGUGUGCCAGCGCUCCACAGCUCUCCUCCAAGGUCGACACCACUGUCAACAAAUACGACAAGAUCCAGCAGCUGCUGCAGUGUACGGACGAUAGACUUCAGAACUCCAACAAGCUGGAGACCUCGAUACAGAACUGCAAAAACAUGCUCACGCCCUACGAGAACAGGCUGGCCAGGGAAGAAAUCGCUCCCACUGACCCGACCUCUCUGGAUAAGGCUCUGCGUGAGCUAUCUGACAUGCGCUCAGAGCUGAAUGCCAAGGCUUCCGUCAUCCCGAAUCUGGAGAGCGAUCUGAGGAGCUCGAAAAUCAGCUGCGAUAACAUGGUGAACAGAGUGCAGGAGCACUGCCCCGACAUCGACCGGCAGGAAGCUGAAGUCCAAAAACUGAGCAAGCGCUAUGAGAAUCUUCUCAGGCAGAUUGACACCAGAUCCCAGAGUCUGCAGAGAGCUAAAACCUCCUACAGCGGUUACCGUAAAGAUUAUGACAACCUGAACAGCUGGCUCACUCGCGUCCCGAACUACGAGGCACACGAGUCCGACACGAUCCAGCAGGUCGAUGGAAAACUGAAAAACCAAAGAAAUCUGCUCUCCGACAUCGCAAGAAAGGAAUCGGACUUGAACACCGUCUCGAAGAACGCUCAGCUUUACCAACAAGCAGUCAAGGAUUAUGAAAACGAAGCCGAGAGAUUCAGGUCCAUUCUUGACCUCGAAGAUGGCCUGGUGACGCAGACAUACAAGAGGAGCCGACUGGAAUCUCCUGCACUGAGAGUCAAAGGAGAGGAAGCAGCCAUCGAGGCCAAAUUCACAGAGGUCAAUGCUGUGAACAAGCAACGACUACAGAACCUUGAGUUUGCACAAAGUCUUCUUAAUCAGCAAGCAGAGAUGCAAGUCAUCCAGCAGAAUGUUCAGACGGUGAAGUCUUCCGCUUCAGGAGAUGAAUCCUGGAGAAUUAAGAAUCAGCUGGAGGACGAGAUCCUGAGAAGGCAACAGCUUGAAAAGGAAAUCAAAACCAUUCAGACUGACAUCUAUGUGCUGGAAGGGCAGAGGCCGCAGGAUACGAUCGUCAAAAAAGAGCUGAUCAAGAAGGUCCCCGAUCCUCAGCUGGAUGAAGAGAUGAGCAAAGUCCAGCAGAGGCUCUCGGACGAACGCAGGACCACUCGCAUCCUGGAAGGCGAGCUGGACACACUCCGCGUGAAGCUCCGUGGCAUCGAGACAGAAAUGAAGGAAGGCGCUCAGCAGUACACGGUCAAAGAGGUCCUUCGCAUUGAAAGGGACCGUGGACAGGAAGAGGAAGUACGAAGGCUAAGAGAAGAGCUGGAGGAGCUCAAAAGACAAAAGCUAGUCAAGGACAAUGAUGUCGUCCAGAUCCAAAAGCAAAUCACAAUCCUGGCUGCUGAGAAGAGCAAGGAGCAGGAAGUCAUCAAGGAGGAAGAGGUCAUAAAGGUGAGAAACGAUCCUCAGCUUGAGACGGAGUACCAACUGCUCAUGGAGAGGAAGCAGAAAGAAAUCAACAAUCGCAAACAGCUAGAAGACGAGCUUCGAUUCCUACAAGAAAAACUCAAGCGUCUGGAGAAGGAAAAGGCCAUGGCUGAGGAGAAGAUCUCCAUCAGAGAGGUUGUCAAGGUGGAAAAAGACAUCGCUUUGGAGAGGGAGGUUGACACCCUGAGACGGCAGCUUGAAGACGAAAAGUCAAAGCACAUGUCUAUUCAGAGAGAGAGAACCGACAUUCAAAGAAAGAUUACGAGCCUCGAGGAGGAAAAGUCCAAGGUCAUCAUUCAGGAAAAAAUGCGUGAGAUCGUCAGACCCGACCCCAAGGCGGAGACAGAGGUCGCCAAUCUUAGACUUGAAGUUGUGGAAGCUCAGAGAAGAUGCAGAGCUGCCGAGCUCCAGCUGAAGUCCACUCAGGAUGAGCUGGUGGUUUUGCGAAACCGAGGCCCACAAGUCGAAAUCAAAGAAAUCAUCAAGGAGGUUAUCAAGUACAAGACCGAUCCAGAAACCGAAAGAGAGCUGGAGAGACUCCGAAACGAAAUCGUGGACAAGACGCACUUGACCGAGAAAUUUGAACUAGAGAUGGUACAACUUAGAAGCGAGAUCCAGAGGUGGAAAGACACCAAACCCCAGGUGCAGACCAAAGAGGUGGUUAAUGAAGUCCUUCAGUACAGAGAAGAUCCUAAAACCAGGGAAGAAAUCGAGACCCUCAAGAAGAGGCUGGCUGAGGAACAGAGGAAGCGCUUGGAUCUAGAGAGAGAGCGAACUACCACUGAAGAGAGGAUCAGGCUCAAGAAGAUCGACUUAUCACAGGUCAGAGAGAAGGUUGUGCAGCAAGAAGUGGUGAAGAUGGAAGAAGACCCAGUGCUGAAGUCCGAAUGUGUGACCUUCACUCAGAACAUCAACUCCGAGGUGAAACAGAGGGAAAACCUGAAAGAUGAGUUGGUCAGGCUGCAGCAUCAGAAGGCUGAUCUGGAUCUCCAGCUGGAGGAACUUGAACGCGAGCGCAGAGCCCGGCGAGAGGCCGAGCUUGAAAUUCAGAGAUUGAGAGUCCGACUCAGCGAGCUUGAGAUCAGGGACAAAGAAACCAGAGAGAAGGUUACCGUCAAACAAAAGGUCCUUCUGCAGCAAGAUCCACAGCAGGAGAAAGAGCAUUCCAUCUUACGCCUUCAGGUUGAGGAAGAGAGGCACAAGCGUCUGCUCCUGGAGAAAGAGUACAACGCUCUGCUGCAGCAGCAACAUACGCUGGAGAAAAUAGAGGUCCGGGAGAAAGUCGUUUGCACCGAGAAGGUCCAGGUUGAGGUGGACCCAGAAGCCGAGAUUGAGAUCGAGCGGCUGAAGAAGAGCCUUGAAGAAGAAACGAAACGCAGGCAAGAACUGGACUUCCAGCUCAGCACCAUCACUACCAGGCUAACUGAAUUGGAGUUCACGAACACAAAGUCUUCCAAAGAGCUCGACUACAUCCGCGAAGAGAGCAGCAGACUUCUCCACGAGAACCAGCGCCUGCAGAACGAGAUCAGAAAACUCCAGUCCGAAAUCCAGAUCACCACAAAAGAAACCAGGCAAAUCACAGAGUCCACCCCGAUGGACAGCAGCAGGAGCCUGGAAAUACGGCUAACGGCGCUGCAGAACGAGCUUCUAGAACUGAGACGCAUCACGACCGAGAAAGACAAAGAAAUCGAAGGGCUACAGAAGAGCCUGUCUGCUGUGAGGGUGAAGAGAGAGCAGAGGGAAAGCCACCUCCGUCGCUCGAUCGUCGUCAUCGACCCCGACACGGGCAAAGAGAUGCGCCCGGAGGAGGCGUACAAGCAGGGGCUGAUCGACUGGAAGAUGUUUGUCAACCUCCAGAGUCAGGAAUGCGACUGGGAGGAGAUCACCCUCAAUGGUCCAACUGGAGAGUCGUCUGUUCUCUACGACAGAAAAUCCGGCCAAAAGUUCUCCAUCGAUGAUGCCCUGCGGUCCGGGACCAUCACCAAACGCCAGCUGCAGCAGUACCAGAACAAAGAAAUCAGCAUCCAGGAGUUUGGGCUCAUGGUUUCUGGAAAGAGUUACUAAAUCCAUUAAGAAAUCUGUCUGUUUUAUGUUUGCUCUCAUUACUUUUUCCUGAUUAAGCACAAGUUCAGGUUUUUGUUUUUUCCUUUAGGCUUUCAGACAUGGGCUUUUCUUAAUGCACUGUAUAUUUAUUUGCAUGUACCUGGGCUAAUAGGGAGAAUAUUAUCUGAAACAACUUCUUCUUGAUGGCUAGACAUAUUCUGAUAUAGCAGGGUGAACGUUCCCUGACUGCAGGAUGCUUGGGUUCACACCUACCAGAAAUAUCCAGAAAUAUUUGCGCUGUUAUGAUGGAUGGUGGAUUAGAGCACUACUGUCUGUCUGUCUGUUUCCAUAACCAGAGUGUUGUUAAAUAAAAAAGUUAUAUCUGGGAAACUUGA